AAAUACGUUUCUCAUAACCUAAACAACAUCAUUAGAAGCUCACUAAACAAUUGUUACGCAUAUCAAAGCAACGUCAGAAGAAGGAAAAAACGAUGUCUCUCUCUGGUUCACAAAAGAAGCUGAUCCUACUGGUCUUGGCGUUUGCAUGUCUCUCUUCAUCAGGUGCAGAGGCGUGGAGCUGGAGUUGGAGCAACGGGUCGGGUUGGGGCUGGGGAUCUGAUGGCUCAAGCAGCUCUAGCUCAGGUCCUGGUUCAAACUCUGACGAUUCAAGUCGGAGUUGGGGCUCGAGUCCUGGCUGGGGCUGGAGCUGGGGAGACGGCUCAGACAACUCUGGCUCAGGUUCUGGUUCAAACUCUGAUGGAUCUGGUUGGGGAUGGGGCUGGGGAUCAGAUGGGUCAAGCAGCUCGGGCUCAGGUUCAGGUACCAUUCCUGAUGGUUCAAGAUGGAGCUGGAGCUGGAACCCUAGGUCAGGCUGGAGCUGGAGUUGGGAUUCCAACCAUAAUUCGGACAGUGAAGCGCCAAACAGUUCAGGAACGGACAGUGAAGCACCCAGCUGUUCGAGCUCCGGUUCGGACAGUGAAGCGCCAAGGAACAUCGUAGUGGGAGGAUCUGAUGGAUGGAAAAAAGGUUUGGAUUACAAAGAAUGGGCUUUCAAGAAUGCUCCUUUCUACGUCAACGAUGUUCUUGCUUUCAAGUACGAUAAAUCGGCCAAGCGAAGGAACAAUGUGUAUUUGUUCCAAGAUCCAUGGAGUUAUAUGAACUGCGACCUAAAGAAUGCAAAGAAGAUUGGUUUGACGCAUAAAAGAUCAGAAAAAAGCUUCAAGUUUGCACUUAGACAAAAUAAGCCUUACUUCUUUGCCUCGGGCGAGCAUGAUGGUGAUUAUUGCACCAACCACAACAUGAAGUUCACCCUCUUCCCUGUUCCGCACCAUUCUGACUAAAGAUCUUUAGCCUCUUUAUAUAUGAGUUAGGUUUGUUGUUUCUACGUUAGAAUCUUUUCUUGUUUUUGGGGAUUUUUAAUUUAAUUUGUUUUUUUCUGUUUGGAUAUGAGAUUGAUGGAGAUUCGUUUCUUAACUUCAUUGAGGUAAAUUUUCAAUAUGUGAGAGACAUUAUUAAGAAUAACACACGUAGUGAAAUAAACAACUUCAACCAAAGUGGCUAAACCUGGGCUUUUAACGAUAUCCGAUGAACUCGAAACACAACCGGACCAGAAGUCAAUAUGAUAAAUUAUUAUUUAUGUUCUCAAAAAUUUAAAUCAUAUAUCAAAUUAACUA